AAGUGAAAGUCAAGAAAGCCUCCUGACCUUGCGAUCUUCUCGGCCUUUUCAAGUUCAGGCUGGUGGACGUCCUAAAGAGCCUUUCCCGAGUCUGCUUGUCUGGGUUUGAAUGGCCCGGUGCCUCUUCCCCGAGAGGGCAGAGGUGUGAACGGGUGCUGACCUGUGUGUCGGGUCUCUGCUUACGCUCCUGGCUUCCUGUUUGAGGUGUUCCGUACGCCCUGCACGUAUGCAGAUCCGGCAGUGUCACACAGGAGACAACGGACACACUGGCAUAGGAUGCUUUCUGGCGUGUACCCGUAGACGUUUGGCUCCCUGCGAGCACGCUUAGAUGACCGGAAAGGCGAGCUCCUGAGAUUAGAUUAAUAAGCCUGCAGCCACGAUGCAAACCGUCUUUGUCCAGAGUGUGCGGAUUCUGUGGAAUCCCGUACAGGUAUCGAGGAGUUUGCAAUUAAAGUGUGUGCAAAGAUCUGUGCACCAACACAAGAAGAUGAUGGAGAGCGACAAACCGUGGGCUCUGAUUUCUGAGGUGGGCGAGCAAGGCAUCCUGGAGGAGGCAGUGGACCUCCUGAGUCAACACUUUCAGCUGGUCCCCCACGAGGACUUCCUACGGGACCCCCAACUGCACGGCCCCAAAAUCCAGGUGCUGUUUCAGUGGCUGUGUACCCCACAGGCCACGCCGGCGCUGCUCAGCUCGCUCCCGUCCCUCAAGUUAAUCUCCAGUGGGGGGGCGGGCUACGACCACCUGGACCUGCCCUACGUCACCAGCCUGGGGCUGAAGGUGGCCAACACGCCCGGGGUGGUCAGCGACUGCACUGCGGACAUGGCCAUGGGGCUCCUGCUGGCGUCGGCGCGAACCAUUGUCGAAGGUCACCAGUCCAUGAUGGACCCCAACACCACCUGCUUACCUCAAUGGCUGGGAGGCGUGGAGGUCACGGGGUCAACUCUGGGGAUUAUCGGAAUGGGAAAGAUCGGCGAGAGGAUCGCUCAGCGCGCCAAAGGAUUUGACAUGAAUGUCCUGUAUUACAACAGAAACAGAAGGAGCGCUGAGGUGGAGGAGGCAGUGGCGGCGACCUACUGCCAGAGCAUGGACGACCUGCUGACGCGCUCCGACUUUGUCAUGCUGGUGGUCUGUCUGACCCCCGACACCACCGGCCUCAUCAGCACACGAGAGUUGGGCCUCAUGAAGCCCACAGCGACGCUGAUCAACAUCAGCAGAGGUCCUGUGGUGGACCAGGACGCUUUGGUUAAGGCUCUGCAGGCCAGGACCAUACGAGGAGCUGCUUUGGAUGUGACUUAUCCUGAACCUCUUCCAAGGGAUCAUCCUCUCAUCGGCCUUCCCAAUGUGCUGAUCACCCCUCAUUUCGGCACCAGCACUAUCACCACGAUAAGAAGGAUGGUGCGGAAGAUGGUAGAAAACGCCUUGGCUGCCAUGAAAGGAGAAUCCAUCCCUGAUGAAGUGAAAUGUUGAAUUAUUUUUUUUAAAUGAUGCUCGAUAUAUGUUGUUUAAGUCAUGCAAUAUUUCGAGUACUGUAUUAAUAAUAUAUGGACAAUACAGUAUUUUUUUAAACUAGGGUGUUGUCAGAGGGGUUCUGAGUAACUUCGCAUUUUCCUAUUGUAUAUGGUUUUAAAUUUCGCAUUUUCCCAUUAUAUAUGUAUGGUGAAAUAAAAAAAUAAACUAACACAUUAACAUUACGUGAGAAAUGUAUGUGAUUUGCUGUCAACGGCGUGUUAGUUGUGUUUGUUUACAUUACCGCUUCAAAACUUACUU